AAUAUCUAUGACAACUGACAGCACAUGCAUGUGUUUUGGUUGGUUUUGGUUCGCGCUUCUUUGAAUUUCGAUAUAAAAUAUUCAUUUACAAUAAAUGAAGAUUUUAUAAAAUAAUGGAAGAAAAUAAACAAGAUAUUAUAAGGAAAACCAAAGAGAAGACUAUAGCGGCGGAUAGCUUGGAUAAUAAUGCUCCUGUACACCAAAUAAUAGAAUUUCUACAAUCUAAACACAAAAAGAACAAAGUUUUUAAUUAUUAUAGUCAACUUGUUAAGCAACGCAAUACAUCUUGGUUUUCACAUUAUCUAUAUCCUGGACAAACUUUAACAGCGUUUGGUAAUGACUGGGAUGGAGGUCUGCCCUCUAAAUUUUUUGAAACUUUUGCUCAUAGAAGCUUCCUGCCGAAAAUGAUCACAACAAAAGUGCGAAAUACUAAUGUAACGGAUCCAGUUACUGAUAUAAUGAGUAAAAAAAUAGAUUGGAAUCAACCUUGGCAGUAUCAGUACAGAAAAUUGAUCUCGUUAAAAGCAAGAAAACAAAAAGUCUAUGAAUGGUUAAACGAGGAAGUACUCCACUGCCCAAAAGACCUAGUGGAAGUAGCAGAACAUUGGGAGAAAGACCCUGAUAUUUAUUUUGAUGCAAGUUACAACUGGUACUAUGCUGGGAAUGGGAACAUGCAAAUGAUAUCUAUAGGCGGAGAUGAUUAUUUAGUUCACAGCGAUAUGAAUUGCCUCUACUUAUCUCUAUUUAAUAGAAAUAAUCUUACCAUAGAGUAUGAAUAUGAAGCAAAAUAUAAAUUUCCCGAAAAAAUGUUAAUACUAGAAACAGUUGUAUUACAGAAUAUAAUAGCUGUACGAACUAAAUACAAAGUGGUCAUCCUUAAAUUUACAGAACGAAAUGACCUUCUAGAACUAACUAAAAUAAAAGAAAUGGAUUCAAAAUUGCCGUUAACUGGUAUAUCAUUUGAUGAAUACCACAAGAAUAUUCUAUAUAUAACAAGUUUAGAUUACAAACUGACCAUAGUGAACAUUGAUAGAAUGAAAGGGAGAAGCAAACAAUUGAAAGGUCGAUUUGAAACACUAGCUGAUAAUUGGAACACAGUUACAGGUUCAGAAAGAAUGUAUUUCACGCAUGUAACAAAAAAUUCUUUAACACUAUAUGAUAAAAGGACUAACAGUGCGUUCGAGAGGUGGAAAUGGUUGAGAGAUAUCACCGAUAACAGCGACUGUGAUUUCAUAACAUCUGCAAAGUACUGCUCAAAUAAACCAUUAAUGUACAUUGGUACAAAUCAUCAUAUGUUAUUAAUGGAUAUGAGGUACAGUAAAAUUGAAAAUCAGAAAGUAAAGCCUUUACAGAGAUGGACUCAUGGAAUGCAAUCAGUACCAACAUAUUUAUCUAUGUGCAAUUAUGAACAUGACAAAGAGUUAAUCUGUAUGUCGAGUCAGUGGUGUGAAGAUAUGUGUGUGGUUAGUAACCAUAAUGAUAUUGUAACAAGAGACUCUAAUUUCCGUAAAACAAUGACACCAUAUAGACCUCCUAGUAUUUUUACAACAUUGCAUAGAGCACAGCAGAAAAUGCAAUGUUGUGAUUUACACAUUCCAAUCAGAGAUCGUUUGAGUGUUGCAGUUACUGGUCUGACUCUUUUUGAAUGUAAUGAAGGAUAUUGCAUAUUAAUGCAGAAUUCUUUAGGAGAUAUAUCUGCACAUGUUCUAUGCCCCAAAACUAUGCUGACUUUUAUAGAUGACGAUGCCACAGAAAAACUUAACGAAUGGAGCAACUUAUGUAUACAGAGCAAACAGAUAUUUGAAGUAUCGUAUAUUAAAAAUAUUAAAAAGGUUUUGAAAAAUCUGAAGAGAGUACCUGAUACAUAUCCAAUUGGAGAAAAUACUUUUAAGAGGCAAAAAGAAUAUGAGAUUGAUGAAAAGGAUAUUUACGAUUUAUAUGAGAAAACAGACUUAGAUAUGGGGUUGUUAGACAUUUGGAUAAAGAGUAAUGAUAAGCAAAUUAUUCCAGAAACAAUUGAUCAAAGUAUAGAAUAGCUGCCACUGUUUUACUAAUGUUAGUUUGUGUUGUUAUAUUGUUGUGAACUAGCAUCACCAUACUUAGGUAAUAUACAUCUUAUUUCAA